AUGAAGAAAUUCAUGAUCUUGGGAAGUGAUAAACCACUAACCUUUCUUGUCCUUGUAAUUAUUAGCAUCUUCAUCACUUCAUUUGCAGUCCCUUCAUUGUGUACUGCUCCCCUGAUUGAAACUUGUUUGGUUGAUUAUGGGGUCAAGAACUUCACCCUCUUCCCAAGUAAUCAUGACCAUGGUGAAGACACGGGGGCUUACUACAGCUUCCUCAAUUUUUCCAUUCAGAAUCUUAGGUUCGCAGAACCCUCGAUGCCUAAACCAAUAGCCAUCAUCAUGCCAGAGAGCAAAGAGCAGCUAGUCAUGACUGUGCUGUGCUGUAGGAAAGGAUCUUGGGAGAUUAGAGUCAGGUGCGGGGGACACAGCUACGAGGGGACUUCCUCCAUUGCUACAGAUGGCUCUGCUUUCGUCAUCAUCGACCUGAUGAAUCUGAACCGAGUUUCGGUGGAUUUGGAAUCCCAAGUGGCUUGGGUGGAAGGAGGCGCCACUCUAGGCCAAACUUACUAUGCAAUUUCAGAGGCCAGCAAAGAUCAUGGAUUCUCAGCAGGCUCUUGCCCGACGGUGGGGAUUGGCGGGCACAUUGCAGGAGGGGGUUUCGGUUUGCUGUCCAGGAAAUACGGGCUGGCUGCUGAUAACGUGGAGGAUGCACUCCUGGUGGAUGCUGAUGGGAGGGUUCUGGACCGGGAAGCCAUGGGAGAGGAGGUAUUCUGGGCUAUUCGGGGAGGCGGUGGGGGAAUUUGGGGGAUCAUUUGCGCUUGGAAGAUUAAGUUACUCAAGGUCCCUGAAACCGUGACAGGUUUCAUAUUGUCUCGACCUGGCACCAAAAGGUAUGUUGAGAGGCUAGUGCACAAGUGGCAGCGUGUUGCACCAAAGCUGAGUGAUGGUUACUAUCUAUCAGUUUUUGUUGGUUAUGGUUUGCCGGAAACAGCACCAACCAUUGGAUUAUCAGCAACAUUCAAAGGGUUUUUCUGGGGUCCUAAAAGGGAAGCCUUGUCUGAAUUGAACAAGGCCUUUCCGGAGCUACAUGUCCGAGAAAGAGAUUGCAAGGAAAUGAGCUGGAUUGAAUCCGUAGUCUAUUUCUCCGGAUUGAAACCAGCAGGAAGCAGCAGCUCCAUGUCUAUCUCUCAGUUAAACGAUCGCUAUCUUAUAGACAAGUUAUUUUUCAAGGCUAAAUCAGACUACGUGAGGACCCCGAUUUCGAGUAGGGGAAUCAGGGCUGCAAUAGACAUAUUAGAGAAAGAACCAAAAGGAUACGUGAUCUUAGAUCCUUAUGGGGGAUUCAUGGAAAAAACUGACACUGAAUCCAUCGCUUUCCCUCACCGAAAAGGCAACCUUUUCUCAAUUCAGUACAUGGUGGAGUGGAAUGAAAAGGACGAGCAGCGGAACAGGAGCAAUGGUUACAUAAACUGGAUACGAGGAUUCUACAGUUCAAUGAGCACUUUUGUUUCAUCAGCACCCAGAGCUGCUUACAUCAAUUACAUGGAUCUUGACCUUGGUGUGAUGAACACUAGCAAUGAAAUGGAAUUACUAAUGCUAAAUGGCAACGCCCCAUCUUCAGAUGCUGUGGAAAGGGCCAGAGUUUGGGGUGAGAAGUAUUUCUUGAGUAACUAUGAUAAACUAGUGAGAGCUAAAACUCUUAUUGAUCCGCUCAAUGUUUUUAGGCAUCAACAGGGCAUUCCUCCCUUGUCAACGUCCACUUCCUGAAGUAGCCAGCUAAACUACUGCUAG